AUGUCAGAUAUUUUCUUCGGGUCAGUCGCGAAGGAGGACACCAUAUACCGUGAUGAGGCAGGAUUUGAUGACAUCUUCGAGCUCGACAUCGAUGUCGCGAAGAUGGGGUUUGAGGAAACCCUGGACGUCUCAGAACCAUCUUCCAUAUUUCAUGUUAACUACUGUGGCAAGCCACGGCUCUUGAUGCGAGCCUAUUGCAGUCUGAAAUGGUUCAAAAAUAUGUGA